UUUCUCUGCCCCGGCAGUGCGCGGUCCUCCGGACAAACUCUUGAACGCCGCACGCGGACGAGAUAUUGCAGUGAGAACGAGACUCGUUAAACAGACCGUAUACUCCACCGGAUUUGCUCGGUGACAAAGACGUUUUUGGAUCCUUCUACCAGGUUAUACGAAACAUAUUAUUAUAAUCAGACCAGCUCGCUGUUUCAAAGAUUCAUUCCAGCCAGUUUGCCAGCUGGUGAAGUAAGCUCAUCGGAUUCAGUAUGGCAAAGAGCGAAAUCGCCGAAUUCUUCCACGGCCGGUCCGUGUUCGUCACGGGCUGCACGGGCCUCAUGGGCAAAGUGCUCGUCUGGAAACUGUUGAACAGCUGUCCGGAGAUCAAGAACAUCUUCGUGUUGAUCAGGUCGAAAAGGGGCAAGUCAGCACUGCUGCGGUACCAGGAGAUAAUUAAAGCGCCGUUGUUUGACUCGAUCAGAAAAACGAACGAAUCGCUGUUGUCCAAGCUGCAAGUGGUUUGCGGCGACGUGGGCGCCGACGAGUUGGGUAUUUCGCCGGAUAUGAAGGAGAAAAUGAUCGCCGAGGUUUCGAUUGUCUUCCAUGGGGCUGCCACGCUGAACUUGGACGCUUCGCUGUCAGAGGCCAUCAAUUUGAACACGACCGGAACGCUGCGCAUGCUUGAGUUUUGCUCCGCAAUGAAGAACCUCGAGGCUUUCAUACAUUUUUCCACGGCUUUCUGUCACGUAGACUUGGAAACGCUGAACGAGGAGGUGCAUAAAUCGACUUUCGACGCGCACAAUAUAAUGAAGUUGCAGUCCUGGCUCAACGAGACCUCAAUCAAGAAGGUCACAGCUCACUUGAUAAAUCCGCAUCCGAACACUUACACUUUUUCCAAACGACUGGCUGAGGACGUGGUCAGUGAAUUCUACCCCAAGCUGCCGGUGGUCAUUGCCAGACCUUCCAUAGUGACUCCGGCGCUCAAGGAACCACUGCCCGGCUGGGUAGACAAUCUAAAUGGGCCUAUAGGAAUAUUGGCCGCAGGCGGAAAGGGCGUACUUCGGUCCAUAUUGUGCAACCCGAAGUACAACGCAGAAGCAGUGCCGGUGGACUUUGCGAUAAACGCCGUGAUCGCGAUCGCAUGGAAAACGGCAACGACCAAACAAAAUACCAGUGGUAUUCCAGUUUACAAUUUGACGCAGCAUAACCUGAACCCGAUCACUUGGCACACGGUUAUGACCAAAGGCAGGGAGGGGACCAUGGAAAAUCCUUUCGAACUCAUGCUGUGGUAUCCGACCGGAGGGAUCACGUCCAACCGAUUUCUUCAUACUUACAAAGUAAUCUGUUACCACUGGAUACCGGCCUAUCUCAUUGACGGAAUCAUGUUAUUACUUGGACAGAAGCGCUUCAUGUUGAGAGUCCAGCAAAAGAUAUCGGACGGUCUCCGCGUGCUUCAAUACUUCACCAUGCGCAAGUGGGACUUCCCAAACGAUCGGCUGCUAGCGUUGCGCGAGAGCAUGAACGACGUGGACCGCCGGGAGUUCAACAUGGACUUCGAGAAAAUGGAUAUGAACGAUUAUUUUAGAAAGUGCAUUUUGGGAGCCCGCCAGUACUGCCUUCGUGAAGAUCCAGCCACCAUACCCAAGGCCAGAAAGACAUUGAAAGUAUUGUACGUGUUGGAUUUGGUGGUGAUCUAUCUAAAGUACGCCCUCGUCGCCUGGUUUUUGUACAAGGUGUACCAGGUGGUCUCCACGGCUUUUUGAGAACGCACGUAAAUUUGCAUCCGCUAAACGACAUAUAUAAACCGUUACAAAAUCUAAAUAGUAUACACACGUGUAUUGCCUAACCGUAUUCCGCCAUCGAAUCCCAAAUAUUGUUAUUAUUAUGUAUUAUUAUUAUUAUUACAAUUUUUUUAUUGUUAUAUGAUCAUUUACCUGUUUACUACUCUGCUAGUUAAUAGGAAGGGGUGUGAAAGGUUCAGUAAGUUAUUGGCAGCCGCGAGCACGAACCUGACGCACCACACAUUUUAUCCACGUAUUAUUAUUAUUAUUAUUAUUAUUACUUUGUUUUUAAUGUUGUUGUUGUAAUUAUAAUUAUUCAAAACGACA